AUGCCGGACCCGCGUCCCAAGCGUCCCCCCGAUUCCACCUUGCUCUUCAGAGUGAUGAACCCAGAGCUCUUUUACACCGUCCCCAAGCCCGCGCUCGCCGUCGCCGCCGCCGUCGUCGCCGUCGCGUGCGUCAACACCGCGCGUCUCGUCCUCGAGGCACCGCCGAAACCGCACCGCGCCCGCCUCGACGACGACGACGACGACGACGACGACGAUUGA